UUUAUUGUGGUCUUGACAGCAGUGUUAAAGUGUUAAGUAAAUUGGGAAAUAAUAGCAAAGAACUACUUUCUCUUGGUUGGCGUUUUGUUUGGAGUGUGAACAGAACAGUGUCUUCCAGACUGGAAGGAGGCGCUGUGGUCUCUUUGUCUGCCAGCUCAACCACAGAGGAAGAACAGUGUUUUAUUUUAAUUGUAUUCUGUGCAGAGCAGAAUCCGGAGUCGCAUCAGCAGCAGCAGCCUGUGAAGGGAGAAAAAUAAAAAGGAGUAAUCAUGCCGAUGUUCACAGUGAACACCAACGUGGCUAAAAGCGAUGUCCCGGCGGCUUUGCUCUCCGAGGCCACCGAGCAGCUGGCCAAAUAUAUGGGCAAACCUCCACAGUACAUUGCUGUGCAUAUCAACCCUGACCAAAUGAUGAUGUUUGGAGGAAAGGGCGACCCCUGUGCACUCUGCUCCCUUCACAGUAUUGGCAAGAUCAGCGGUGCUCAGAACAAGCAAUACUCUAUACUCCUGUGUGGACUGCUCAACAAACACCUGGACAUCUCUCCUGACAGGAUUUACAUUAACUUUACAGAUAUGGAUGCAGCCAAUGUGGCCUGGAACAACAAUACCUUUGCCUGAAAAGGAGGUCAACACACUGAAAUAAAAGAUAAUUCCAGUAUUUUCCUGUAUGUACGAGCAGAGUUACAUUUGGCAACAUGAAGAGUCAAAGACACCUGGUAAUUUAGAGGUGACUAUACUGUAUGACUAAUUUGAAGAGGACUUAGCUGGACUUUUUUGCUGAUUCUUUUCCAUUAAUAUGCAAUAAAACAACCCUGCAGAACCUA